CGCACACAGAGGAAACACCCGCACGAGCUGAGGGUGAGCUCAAGGAGAGAGUCACAGAGGAUGCUUCUGCUGUUGCUGCUGCGCGUGGACGGAACCUGCGCGGCGUGCGGGUGACACUGUGUCUGCUCUCACUGUACCCACCGUGAAGUCCAGUCGGUCCGUUUCAGAGCCCUCCGCGGUCCCCCUCCUCUCUUGAGCGGGUUUGUCCUUGCUGCAUGCCGGGAUGCCCGCCGCGCCUCUCCUCGCGCUCUUCUCCGUUCUGCUGGGUGUGCUGGCAACAUGUGCCCAGACAGAGAUGAAGAGGGUUGUUGGAGACAACGCCACGCUGCCCUGCCACCAUCAGUUCUGGGCGGGGGAUGACCCCACACUGGACAUUGAGUGGCUGUUUCUCAAGCCCACCAACAGGCAGAGAGUGGUCAUCACCUACUUUGCUGGACGGGUUUUUGACCCAAACGAAGCCGAGCGAGGCCGGGUCGCCUUCGCCGGAGAGUACUUGAAGGGUGACGCGUCCCUAAUGAUUAGUGACCUGUCUCUGACUGACUCAGGAGAGUACAGCUGCAAAGUCAAGAAUGGCGCGCAGUACCACUGGAGCACCAUCAGCCUCAUCGUCCUGGUGAAGCCAGCGAAGCCUCGCUGCUGGAUGGAGGGCAAACUGUUGGAGGGUGCUGAUGUUAGGAUGAGCUGCAAGUCGGCGGACGGCUCUGACCCCAUUCUCUAUAAAUGGGAGAGGCUGCUGGACAAGGGCAAGUAUGUGGGCAAGCUGCCUCCACUGGCCCUAAUAGAUCUUAAAAACCCGGAGAUUGUGACGUUGAGGAACUUGACCAAGGACAGCACAGGGGUCUAUAAAUGCACAGCCAGCAACGAUGUGGGUGAGGAGAGCUGCACGUUGGAGGUCAAGAUGCACUAUGUGAGGGGGAUGGGUGUGGUUGCAGGAGCAGUGGUUGGCGUGUCCUUCGGCGUCCUCCUCAUCAUCCUCAUCAUCUGGUUGGUGUUUCGCAAAAAGGAACAGAAGAAAUAUGAAGAAGAAGAGACUCCGAAUGAAAUCAGGGAGGAUGCAGAGGCUCCAAAAGCCAAACUGAUGAAGCCCAACUCUCUCUCCUCAUCCCGCUCCGGCAGCUCUCGUUCAGGCACCUCCUCCACCCAGUCUAUGGUGCACAACAUGGGGCCCCGGGGCCAACGACCAUGUAUCCCUGCUGUGGCAGCUCUCAAGGAAAACUGCCAAACCUCCAGCUUCCCUCAGUCUCCACCUAGCUACAAUCAGACUGUUCCCAAGACCCCUGAACCUCGCUGCACCCCCACCUCCACCUCUACCUCCAACUCUAAAUCCAUCACCCCCCCUAAACUGAGUCCUGGGAACCUGAGCCGCAUGGGGGCAACUCCUGUCAUGAUCCCAGCCCAAACCAAGGCCUUCCAGACUGUGUAGGAGAGACCAGAGCACACAGGACGAGGCAGCCUCAGGAAAGUGCAACAAGAUAAAGAUCCAGUUUAAUUGUGAAAUCUAUUCUCACCAUUCACAAGCCGCUGGAGACCAACAGCAGCUCAACUCUCACAGGGUCUCUGCUAUAUACUAACACUAUAAGAACAAGCUUAACCUGCCGGUGUUUAUAGAUACACUAUCACCUGAGCAACACCUGGAUGAAGGUUGUGUGUCAUAGCUGAGAUUCAGAAGAAGCAGGAGGUGCUGACACUAAGGUGGAGCAGGGCGUGGAUGGAGGAGCUGAAGUGGAUGGAGUGAGAGGUUACAGAGGACAAAUAGAGCACGUCCACGACCAUAGAUUUUUUAACAAGCUGAAACACCUUCUCACACACACUAUGACAGUUAAAGGCUAAACCACCCUGCACCUGUGACUGAGCUGGUGACUGUAGUUAUACUGAACGUUGUUAGAGAACAAAAACAGGAUGAAUGGCUCUGAUUGUAUAAACAGACUUCUCACACCCGUACACACUGUCACACUGUAACAUAUGGCUCUGCUUCCUCUGUGCCCACAUGAGCUCGUAUCUAGAUGAGCACAGCUUCAUCAUGUUCUUCUACCAUGUUCAGCUAUUCUGAAUUUAAACAGGAUGUGUUCACACUUGAUGAUUUAGGGCCUGUGUCCACUAACAGUGUUUUUUUGCACUUGCAGCCUCAGUGUCAGAGCGCUCAUCAUCAGUGCUUACGAAAGUUUUUUGUGGUGUUCAAAACUGUUCUUCUUACCUAUAUUUGCUUUCAUACGGGGACAUUUUAUGAAACAUAAUGUGAAAAAUAAUGGAGAGGAAUCAUGUUCUGGCAUUAGCAGCAUCUUUCCCAAGGCUUAUUUAGGACACAUCAAGGUCCAUUCUGGGAUAAUUUCGGAACAGAUCAGCCUGUCAUUGGGCAAAAGCAGACCAGGAAUAAGUUUCUCCUCCAAUGUUAUUGACAAUGUUGGUAUCAGAAGUUGUAAGUUUGGUAGUUAGGGUAGUGUCUCAGAGUUGUACUAUUUUCAGCUGUGAAGGCUAAGAGCACGGCAACAAAACCAAGGUCAUUUUUGCACUGAGUGCUGAAAACACUGAGCUGCACUGGUUUGAUGUAGAAUACAGGCACAACCAGCUCAAAAAACACUUUUAGUCAACAAGGAGGAGAAUUCAGAGCGUGACAGAUAAACGUAGAGAUUUAAUUUUCACGGUCGAGGAGUGCUGAUCAUUUUGCAGAUUGUUAAAGGGUUUAGCAGAGGCCCAGUUGAAAGUGCCACACCAUGAUGGUUUACAUGUGUUUAAUUUCUCUUAUCCUGCAUUUGUCUCAUCCAUCUUUUUUUAGAACCAUGUAACAAAAACAACUGUAUGAAUGUGAUGAUAAUUUUUUUUCUUUUUUACCUAAGCAUUCAAAUGUUUUAGAUUUUUAAUGAAUUUGAACUCUUACUCUAUCUCUCACCACCUUUAGAACAGACGUGAUGAUCCCUCUGUCUGUUUGGUCACAGCAUGCAUAUUGUGAUGAUCAAACAUAUACAGUCCUACAGAUUGUGUCAAACCUGCAGCAGUUCUCCUUCACAUUACACUGAUAGUGUGCUCCUGUAUGUCUGAGGAGGUUAAAGGUCAUAGCAGACAUCAGACAGACCAGCCUGUACACUCUCACAUACAGCAGCUCUACACCUCACAGUAUGAUGAUCAAGGUACACCUGGGGUGUCAGAUCUACACUUGCACGGCUAAACUUCUGAAUUAGCAAUCAUUAAUAAGCAACAUCACAUUAUACUUUCAAUAUGAACUAAUAUAGAUUGCAAUAACAAAUAAGAAAUGUCAGGAUAGAAAUUCAACAUAAAGAGAUGACAAAAAAAAAAUAAAGCUAGUAGUUAAUAGUUGAAAUAAUUGUAUGUGUAAAAAGAAGUCUACUUCUGAAGACUACAGUGACUAUCGUGUUUCAUGAGAAUCAAUCUCAGGUGUCUGGGAUGCUGUGUCCAAUAAACCAAUUGUUGACUGACUGUACAAGUAGCCCUCCCCAGUCUUCAAACAUCACCUGACUUCAGCUACAAAUCAACAAGCUAGAGGAGAGGAUGCAGAUGCAAUGCAGACACAUUUCAUUUUUAGAGGGUUUCAUUUGCGCAAAAACUGCUGUUUGUUUGGACUGGUUGCUCCUCCCCUGUCUUUCCAUUGUUCUGUUAUGUAUGUCACCCUCAUGUGUUAUCUUGACCUAUCCACUAAGUGUGUUAUGAAUGUUGUCAAAGCUGUCUUUGUUAAAGUCUGGUUUUGACUGAUUAAAAAAGUUAGCUUUUAUUUAGUUAGCUACCAAAACAGUUUUAUUCCAGCCGACUCAUGAAGUCACACAGUCAGAGGAUUCAUCAGUGAGGCUGACACGCACAUCAAAACACAUCAAGAAAAAUGACAAGACACAGGGGGUAGAAGUUCAGUUCAAUGUUGAUCUAACUGCAGAGUGUUCUGUCAGAGAGACCCAAUGAACAGAGCUGUACCUCACUCAGGUAACCCUGUCAUCAUUCUCUUUGUUAGUAUAGAAGUCCUCCAUAGACACUAGACUUUAGAUCAGACAUACUCAUCUUCUGGUUCAGUUCUGUCUUAUAGAGGAAAGCAGCAUACAGCCACUUCUCAGUGGAUGGCUGUGCAGGUGUCAAAGUGAGGAUUGGUUUUGUCUGGUCUCUCAGCUCUUUUUUUUAUUAUUGACAAAACUUAGCAUCAAGAUAAAAAAGACAACAUCCAACUUCUUACCUGCUCUGUAUCACCUGUGAUCAAGAAGUGAUCAUAGCGUCAGCUAACUGAGUGUAGCUCAGUCACACGUUCACUGUAAUGCAGACACACACAGGGAUAGAUAGUGUCAACAUGUCCAAACACACAGAGAGACCCUGAAGCAGGCUGAAUCUUCUUGUUCAUCUUUCAAACUACAAACACAAUAAUCCCUGUCAUGGUGCCCCUCAGACCCGCACACAGUCCAAACUAAAGAGUUCUAUUUAGUGAAACCCCGGUAAAGCUAAGGAAUGAUGAUUAUAUGCAUGUUACAGAUACUAUCUAUUGGAAGAAUUUUGUUCUUUAUUGCCUCAAAGCUUAUAUUACACUAAAAUUAUACUUCUAUAGAUUAAAUAUAAAGGUCAUAUAUAAAUCAAACUGUUAAGUCAUUAAUUUUUGAUAUUUUUGGUUUUAUUUUUAUUCUAAUCUGUUAAUAAUAUGCAUUAAAUACAAAGUUAUUUGUA